GUUUUAUACCGCUUUGAUAGUCUCAGAAUUAUUUGGUAGUGAUGUAAAGCGUUUCUAACUCAUCAGAUAUUUUUGUCUAUCACGUUCCACCAACCAAGCUAACCUUUGUCGGUCUUAAUUCUGAGAUUGUGGAUAUGGAAGUUGUAAGUUGGACAAAUGUCUGAAACAGAUAAGACUAUAUAUAUAUAUAGUACUAUUGAAAAAGAAAAAGAUAAAGACUAUAAAUUGACUGAUUUAGCAACUUCUUUCUCAAAUUUUGGAAAGAGAAAAAUAAACUUUCUAAAAGAGGAGACAUGAACCUCCUCUGGAGAUUGGUAACCCCGAACAUCGGUCCACAAGUUUGUAAAUUUGCGAAAAGGUCACUCAAAUCUGUUAAAUUUCCAUUUGGGUCCUCAAAUUCCCUGUUACAUGGCAUUCAUGUCUUUCAUUGCCCAGAUGAUGUUGGAAUUGUUGCAAAGCUAUCUGAUUGCAUAGCAUCAAAAGGUGGAAAUAUUCUCACUGCUGAUGUUUUUGUUCCACAAGACAAUAAUGUCUUUUACUCUAGAAGUGAGUUUACUUUUGAUCCAGCUAUAUGGCCCCGAGGAGAAAUGGAUGAGGACUUCUCUAAGCUAUCAAGGAUGUUCAACGCAAUGAAGUCUGUUGUCCGCGUUCCCGAAAUAGAUCCCAAAUAUAAGAUUGCAGUUCUUGUUUCGAAGCAGGACCACUGUCUUGUAGAUUUGUUGCACAGGUGGCAGAAUGGUAGGCUUCCUGUUGACAUAACCUCUGUAAUAAGCAACCAUGAUCGAGGUCCAGAUGCUCAUGUGAUUUGGUUACUUGAAAGGCAUGGGAUUCCAUACUAUUAUUUGCCAACAACUACGGGGAAGAAAAGAGAAGUAGAGAUCUUGGAAUUAGUUCAUGAUACCGAUUUUUUGGUACUUGCAAGAUACAUGCAGGUAUUCUCUGCAGAGUUCUUAAAAAGUUAUGGGAAGGAUAUCAUUAAUAUUCAUCAUGGCCUUUUGCCAUCAUUCAAGGGUGGGAGUCCAUCUAAACAGGCUUUUGAGGCUGGUGUUAAGUUGAUUGGUGCAACAAGUCACUUUGUUAGUGAAGUACUCGAUGCAGGUGCAAUCAUAGAGCAAAUGGUUGAAAGAGUUUCCCAUAGAGACAAUUUGCGAAGCUUUACUCAGAAGUCUGAGGAUCUUGAGAAACAGUGUCUAGUAAAGGCAAUUAAAUCAUAUUGUGAGCUGCGCGUUUUACCAUAUGAGAAAGACAAGACUGUUGUAUUUUAAGUAUAACUGAAGAGGGAAUGAGGCUAUCAGCAUAAUUCUCUCAACAUUUAGUCUGUCAUACAGGAUAGUCUGUAUAUUUGUGUUGUAACUCUAGUAUAUCGUUAUAUGACUAAUUUAUACAAACACACUAUUAAACAAAA